UCCACUAGACCGUGUUGCUGUCUCUGGCUCAGCUGGGGGGAGAGCAGUGCUGCCCUGUUCUUACACCCCCACCCCUGGGCAGCAUGUAGAAGUCAGAUGGUAUGCUUAUUCAGAUCAGGGGGAUCACAUUCUAUUAGUCGACUCAAACACACCUUCAGUAUUCAUCCCUGCGCAGUGGAGUGGCCGAGUGAAGCUGUCUGAUGAAGUCUCCUCUGGAAACGCCUCUCUGCUAAUCUCUGAGCUCAGACUGGAGGACACUCGGGAUUACAUGUGUAUAGUGGGGCUCAAUGUGGAAUGUGUCACUUUCAUGGAGAUUAAACUGACAGUUCAAGGACCUCCAAAGAGAGAUUCAACUACUUCAGGAACAACAACGACCACAACCCCGACAACUAGACCAUCAGCAACCCCGACAACUAGAUCAUCAGCAACCCCGACAACUAGACCAUCAGCAACUCCAAAGAGAGAUUCAGCUAUUCCAGGAACUACAAUGACAACUCCCGCUAUCCUCUCUGCAGUAGCCGUCUCUGCUGUCAUCGCCAUCAUAGGUGCUGCAGUCUUUGUCAUUUUAAAGUACAAAAGGAGAGCAGCGAAUGCUAAUGGGAAUAACCAGAAUGCUGGAGAUCACAAUGCGAGCUCAGACUUGCUUACCUACGCUGUAAUCGAUCACACGAGACAGCCGGGAGGAACCCCAGUCCGGUCAGGGGUCACUGCUGUGGACAAUACGGAGUACUCCACUGUCCGGAUCCACUGAUAGGACACGUCUCACCCAGCCACCAGGGAUACAAGAGAGCUUCAACAACAAGAUGAACCAAGGACUUGACUAACAUUGAUUUACUGCAGCGCUUCAAUGAAUCAUACCAACUCUGAUGAGAACAAUAAACACAGCGAGCCACUAACAAGCAACCACCUGACAUUCUUAAUUUGAUCUGAACUAUUUCACUGCCACUGUAGGUUUGCUAGCUGUCUUCUCUCAUCCUUGUGGCAGCUGUGAUAUACCUUUAAUGCUUAUCUCCUCAGACCAUGUGGAAUAUUAAUAAACAUCGCCAUCGCUGCUUUGAACUGGGGUUACGUUGCUGUUCUUCUUUAAAGAAAAAGUACAUGGUUUUUAUUUAAGCCAAAGGAGGCUGAAUGGCUGAGCAAGCUGCGGGAAUGUCUUGUUUAAAAACAAGCACUACGUUAAGCCAGGUUUUCCAGGACGUUUAAGUCUGUUUUUGCUCAGUUAUAUUUCAAUGGUAACUUAAAUGUAGCCUUUCCCAUUUCUAGUACUGUUUCAAAGACUUUAGAACUAUAACACUAUGAGUAUUGCUUCACUGUGCUGUAUCCUUGUAUUAUUCACCAGAUUGAGGCUGUAGAUAGCAGGUGCACACAUUUAUUAAAAGACGAUUCUCUGCUCAGGGCUCCUAAGAUAUGCAUUGAUAUUUAAGGGCUAUGCACACCGGAAGUGAACGACGCGAGCGAUCGAAUUCGAGUCGAAUAAAGUCUGCAGCGCGCGAGCCAAGCGAACGACUCGAAUACAGCGCGAGCUCAUAAAAAAGACGAGACUGCAGCGCCAUGAAAAGAAAAUACUGUCUCCUUUUGUGAGACGAAAUCAAAUAAAUAAAACAAUGAAGGAGAGUCUGGGGACACAACACACUACAAAAAGGAAAUGUAACAGCGACUGUUUAUAUGAGAUCUGGAUUAACAUGUAAAGUAUUCAAAAAGAAUACAUCUGCAUAUAUUUAUUUGGAAAUACUGAAGACAUUAGUUUAAUAUAAUAUACUUUUAUUGAUUUUCAGUUUGAAUAAAAUCUUUUCAGUUAUUGUGUGAAUGUGAUUAUUAUUAUUAUUGGUCAAUAUUAUUAAAAAGAAGCGUAAUUUUACAGAAAUACGAAACCAGUGUGUGGCGCUCCCCGUCACUUUGAAAUUGAGUUGAAAUAAAGAGAGAGAGACAUGCC